AUGCUUAAACAAGUUAUCCUCUACAACAUUGCUAAAAAACUAGAACUCCGCGAACCCAACCAGCAAGCCUUUCAAGCUCUUUUAAAUCACUAUUACCAAACCAAGAGUCAAAAUUCAGAAAAGUUAUCUGAAUGUAUUCUCUCCGUAGCAACCGGAGUAGGAAAAACUUAUAUCAUGGCGGCUAUUUUAAACUAUUUAGUCGAAACUGAAAAGAUAACUAAUUUUUUAAUAGUGGCUCCUGGCAAAAUCAUUAGAGAAAAGACCAUUAAUAAUUUUUCCCUCAACAAACCUAGUUCUUUGGCGGAUAAGUUAACCAUUAAACCACCCCACAUUAUUGAUAUCAAAAAUUUUCACACUACCAAAACCACUGAUAAAAACUCAGUCAAAUUAUUUAUUUUUACCGUUCAAUCUUUAACCCAAGCCAAAGGUAAAACUGCUCGCAAAACUAGCAAUUAUGACGAAGUAUUAGGCAAAUCUUUACGGGAACACUUAAGUAAAUUAGAUGAUUUAGUUAUUUUUGCUGACGAACAUCAUUUAUACUAUGGGGAAAAGUUUUCCGAAGCCAUUCGAGAACUAAAACCAAAAAUUUUAAUUGGACUAACUGGAACUCCGCACGAAAAAACGCCAACCAAAGAAAUUAUUUUUGAAUAUCCUUUAUGA